AUGGAGGACGAGAACCAGAUAGAACCAUUUGAAGAAGAAUCUGUAGAAAGCGAUGGGGAGGAGGUCGAGCACUUCCUGCCCGACACAGAGGUGCUUGCACCCGUGGCACAGCAGGAGGAGAAAGCUGAGAUGAACGAGUCAAACGAGUCAGCGCAGGCGUUGACAGAUGGGCACACAGUGCACACAGAGCCCUCACCAAAACACACCGAGGUUCUAUCAAAGGAGGAACAAGACAGAAAAGCCCAUGCCGAAGCCGAGCACGAAGCUGACAACAAGAAAGCUGAGGAAGAAGCCCGUGCAAGGUCAGCUUCUCAAGGCAAUACAAGGGCAGCAGAGGAAGAAAGACUUGAACAAGACAGGAAAGCCCGUGCAGAAGCUGAGGAAGAAGCCCGUGCAAAGCAAGCUUCAGAAGACAACGCAAGGGCAGCAGAGGAAGAAAGACUAGAACAUGAGAAAAGAGUCCAUUCAGAAGCUAAGACCGAAGCUGAGAGCGAAGCCGAGCGCAAGAAAGCUGAGGAAGAAGCACGUGCACAGCAAGCUUCAGAAGAGAAGGCAAGGGCAGCAGAGGAAGAAAGACUUGAACAAGACAGGAAAGCCCGUGCAGAAGCUGAUCACGAAGCCGAGCGCAAGAAAGCUGAGGAAGAAGCACGUGCACAGCAAGCUUCAGAAGAGACGGCAAGGGCAGCAGAGGAAGAAAGACUUGAACAAGAAAGGAAAGCCCGUGCAGAAGCUGAUCACGAAGCCGAGCGCAAGAAAGCUGAGGAAGAAGCCCGUGCAAAGCAAGCUUCAGAAGACAACGCAAGGGCAGGGGAGGAAGCAAGACUAGAACAAGAGAGGAAAGCCCGUGCAGAAGCUGAGAGCGAAGCCGCGCGCAAGAAAGCUGAGGAAGAAGCACGCGCACAGCAAGCUUCAGAAGAGAAGGCAAGGGCAGCAGAGGAAGAAAGACUUGAACAAGAAAGGAAAGCCCGUGCAGAAGCUGAUCACGAAGCCGAGCGCAAGAAAGAUGAGGAAGAAGCCCGUGCAAAGCAAGCUUCAGAAGACAAUACAAGGGCAGAGGAGGAAGAAAGCCUAGAACAGGAGAGAAAAGCCCAUGCAGAAGCUGAGGACGAAGCCGCGCGCAAGAAAGCUGAGGAAGAAGCCCGUGCAAAGCAAGCUUCUGAAGACAACGCAAGGGCAGGGGAGGAAGCAAGACUAGAACAAGAGAGGAAAGCCCGUGCAGAAGCUGAGAGCGAAGCCGAGCGCAAGAAAGCUGAGGAAGAAGCCCGUGCAAUGCAAGCUUCUGAAGACAACGCAAGGGCAGGGGAAGAAGAAAGACUAGAACAAGAGAGGAAAGCCCGUGCAGAAGCUGAGGACGAAGCCGAGCGAAAGAAAGCUGAGGAAGAUGCCCGUGCAAUGCAAGCUUCUGAAGACAACGCAAGGGCAGCAGAGGAAGAAAGACUAGAACAAGAGAGGAAAGCCCGUGCAGAAGCUGAGCGCGAAGCCGAGCGCAAGAAAGCUGAAGAAGAAGCCCGCGCAAAGCAACCCUCAGAAGACAAGGCAAGGGAAGCCGAGGAUGAAAGAUUGGAACAGGAGAGGAAAGCUCAUGCAGAAGCUGAGGAGGAAGCAAAGCGCAAGAAAGCUGAGGAAGAAGGCCUUGCACAGCAAAUUGCUGAAGACAUUGCAGAGACAGUGGAGGAGGAAGGAGUAGAGCUGGGGAGAGACAUUCAUGCAGAAACUGAGCAACAGACUGAUCAAAAGAAUGCAAAGGAAGAAGCACGUGGAAAGCAAGCUUCUGAAGACAACGCAAUGGCAGCAGAGGAAGAAAUACUAGAACAAGAGAGAAAGGCCCGUGCAGAAGCUGAGGCCGAAGCCGCGCGCAAGAAAGCUGAGGAAGAAGCCCGUGCAAAGCAAGCUUCUGAAGACAACGCAAAGGCAGGGGAGGAAGCAAGACUAGAACAAGAGAGGAAAGCCCGUGCAGAAGCUGAGAGCGAAGCCGCGCGCAAGAAAGCUGAGGAAGAAGCACGUGCACAGCAAGCUUCAGAAGAGAAGGCAAGGGCAGCAGAGGAAGAAAGACUUGAACAAGAAAGGAAAGCCCGUGCAGAAGCUGAUCACGAAGCCGAGCGCAAGAAAGAUGAGGAAGAAGCCCGUGCAAAGCAAGCUUCAGAAGACAAUACAAGGGCAGGGGAGGAAGAAAGCCUAGAACAAGAGAGAAAAGCCCAUGCAGAAGCUGAGGACGAAGCCGCGCGCAAGAAAGCUGAGGAAGAAGCCCGUGCAAAGCAAGCUUCAGAAGACAAUACAAGGGCAGAGGAGGAAGAAAGCCUAGAACAGGAGAGAAAAGCCCAUGCAGAAGCUGAGGACGAAGCCGCGCGCAAGAAAGCUGAGGAAGAAGCCCGUGCAAAGCAAGCUUCUGAAGACAACGCAAGGGCAGGGGAGGAAGCAAGACUAGAACAAGAGAGGAAAGCCCAUGCACAAGCUGUGGAGGAAGCAAAGAGCAAGAAGUCUAAGGAAGAAGGACUUGCACAGCAAGCGUCUGAAGACAUUUCGGAGACAGUUGAGGAGGAAAGAGUUGAUCAGGAGAGGGAAGCAGACGCAGAAGAUGAACGUGAGGAUGAUUCUGUGCCAGCAGACAGUCCUGUACAAGACUUGCCUGAUGAAGACUACAGUGAUCAGGCGGACGACUUCGAAGACGAGGAGGACGAAGAAGAAGACGACGACAUACCAAAAUCUGGCAAAGUGUCCAAAAACAGUGCGGCAGCUUCAUCAGAAGCUGCUGUGGCAAUGGUGGAUGAUAAAGAGGAGGAGGAGGAGGGAGUUCCGGAGAAUUUGUCCCCGCUUGCUGACACCUCGACUCGACAGAGAUAUAGUCCCCGGUGGCCACGGAGAAGCAAGCCGCCAAGUGAUGAGGAAGCCUUUUCUGAAGAGGCGCUCAGGCGAAGAGCGGAGAAACAGGUCAAGCGCGCCAUGCAGCUCACCUCAACGAAUAUUCCGUCAGUGACGAAUUAUCCGAACACCUUUGCGGGCAACGCUGAAAUGACCUUGGACACAAUGUCAGCUGAGGCUCAAAAGAGUUUCCUGCGAGUGGCUCGAUACGAAGCCGAGACAUGGAUACGUAAAGAGCGUCAGCGGUGGGAGGUGGAAACGCGGACUGCAAAGCGACAGGCAAAGCUCCUGGACCAGUUGGCAGAAUGGCGUGAGAAGAAAGACAAGGAAGAGCAAAUGGAGCGGAUGCGGUUGGAGGAGUUGGAUCGGCAAAGAGAGGAGCAGGAGCUGAGGGAUCGCGAGCGCUGGAAAAAGCGCGGGGAGGAGUUGCGUCAAUCUCUGGCUGACUGGGCUGAAAAGAAGAACCAGCAAGCAUCUGAAAAAUCACAGGCCGAGGAGAGGGCACAGAAGGAGGAAGAAGAGCAAAGGCGGCAGCGCGAAGCUGUCUACCGAAAGAGACAGCGGGAAAAGUUGGUGCAGUGGCAUCAACAGAAAGCAGAGGAGCUGGCUGAGAAGCAGGCUGCCGAAGAACGGCGGCAAGAGCUGGAAGAGGUCCCGCGCAAGGCCGUCGUAAGCGCCAACUUGAAAAGCAAACAGGAUGAAGACAUGGCAGAACAUGCGGCCCUCAGCAGCAUGGCAAUCAUUGCAUGGGAGUCGUAA